CUAUAUUAUUUAAUGUAUGAAAUAAUAUUAACAACAAAAAAAUCUUAAUAAGCGUUUAAAAGAGAUGUCAUACAACCUAUUAUUUCCCUUAUUGUAUAUUAUUUCCAAAUUUGUCUACAAACCAAAAUUAACGCGUACAUAUCAUAUCGCCUACAAUCAUGCUUCGUUCGCCAUACGGUACUUAGUACUUUUGACCUUGAUAUUUUUAAUCAAGGACCCCUUUUCUUUAAUCGUAAAUUCCGUCAUAGAAGAUGAUUACAUAGUUAAAACAACGAAAGGCAAAGUGCAAGGUGUUAAACAACUGACCUCAACGCUCAAUCCAGUUAUAGCAUACUUAGGCGUGCCUUACGCUACACCUCCCCUGGGAGAUCUAAGAUUUAGACAUCCCUUACCCAUAUCACCCUGGGUUGGCACCCUGAAUGCCACAAAAUAUCCCAAUUCGUGCUAUCAAAUAUUCGACACACUAUUCGGUAACUUCAGCGGCUCACAAAUGUGGAACCCAAACACCCCCUUGAGCGAAGAUUGUCUCUACCUCAACUUAUGGGUACCUUAUGGCAGCGAUGCUCUAUCCAGGCCCAGUAAACCAAUGGCAGUGAUGGUAUGGAUAUUUGGGGGCGGAUUUUACAGCGGGACCUCGUCCUUAGACGUAUAUGAUGGUAGAAUUUUGGCAUCUUCCAAUGAUGUAAUUGUGGCCAACUUUAAUUAUAGGGUUGGUUCCUUGGGAUAUCUAUACCUUGGACGUCCAGAAGUUGCAGGAAACGCCGGGCUUUUCGACCAGAGAUUGGCCAUGCAAUGGAUUCACGAUAAUAUAGCUGAGUUUGGGGGAGAUCCUCAUAGGAUAACCCUAUUCGGCGAAAGCGCCGGGGCCUCGAGCGUAGAUAUGCACAUGAUUUCACCCGGAAGUUGGAGAUACUUCGAGAGAGCUAUACUAGAAAGCGGGACAUCUACAAACUAUUGGGCUACAGUGACACCACAAGAGGCCGUUAAAAGAGGUCUAAGAUUAGCCGAAGGACUUGAUUGCCCUUUUAAGACAGACACCCUUCAAGCUACCAUCGAGUGUCUGAGAUCGGCAGAUCCCUGGGACAUUGUCACGCACGAUUGGGUCACAACGGAGUAUAUGAAAUUUCCGUUCGUGCCCGUCGUGGACGGUGUUUGGUUCGAGGAGAGCCCUCAGGCGUUGUUACAAAAGAAAAAAUUCAAAAAAACUAGCGUACUGAUCGGCACGAAUGGCGAAGAAGGCACUUACUUCAAUAUUUAUCAGUUACCGAACUUAUUUUUACCUCUGGAUAAGAAAGUCAUCUUGGAAAAAUCUCAAUUCGCCAAAUCGCUCACGGACUUGUUCCCUCAAUUCAACCAAAUAGGCCACAAGGCUAUUCUGUACGAGUACACGAAUUGGGAAGACGCGAACAAUAAUCUGAAUGUACUUGACGCUUUCGAUAAAAGCGUCGGGGAUUUUUAUUUCACGUGCGGUGUCAACCAAAUGGCGUACGCCUACGCCAAAACUGGGAUAAACGUUUUCAAAUAUUACUUUUCGCACCGAUCUUCUCAAAACCCGUGGCCAACCUGGAUGGGAGUCAUGCAUGCCGAUGAGAUUAAUUACAUUUUUGGGGAACCCUUGGUUCCUGGCAAAGGUUACAAGCCAGAGGAAAUCGAACUCAGUCGUAAUAUGAUGAAAUUUUGGACCAAUUUCGCGAAAACUGGUAAUCCAAAUAUUAAUGAAGAUGGGAAAUGGUCCGAAAUUCAAUGGCCUCUUCACACUACACAAAACAGAGAAUUCUUAAGACUAUCAGUCGAUUCCCAUGAUAUAGGCAAGGGUCCUAGAACUAAACAAUGCGCCUUUUGGCAAGAAUUUAUUCCGGAUCUUAUGACGGCAACAGAGGACCUGAGCGACACCGAAAUUCAAUGGAAAUCGCAGUUUAAUGAUUGGAAAACCAAAUACAUUGUGGAUUGGAAAUUACAAUUCGAUAAAUACGUUACCCGUCAAAAUACAAAAUAUGAAAAUUGCGCCAUAACCAAUAAGAUAUAAAUAUGGGCAAAAAUAUAUUUAGUGUUAUCUUAAUUUAUACAUUGUAUAAUUAGCUAAUUUAUAUUAUUUACCAAUGUAUAUAAAUGUAUUAUUAUAACAGUAAUAUCUAUAUUUAUUUGAGUGACGAAAUCAGGUAUUUA